UUUCAGUUCAGGUUUUUGGUUUUCAUUUUCAAACAUGACUAUGACGAGCACGACCACGCGCAGCAUACUUUUACCGACAUCUAUAUGGAAUCGAUUUUGGAUAUUGUCACAAUUACCACGACUCGUAAACGCAAGAAAGAGGUAGUAUCAGACCAACACUACGUCCAAAUAGAAUGCCCCGCGCGAAUGCCUUGCGCUGGCGAGCACGCGGCAGUUCCGAUGGGAUCACUGCAGCUGCUGAGCCUGCAUGCGUUUCCAGUUACGCACCCGCUGCGCGGGCGGUUUCAGUGUCAGCAAGUCAACAUCCGGACAAUAUGCCCACUCCGGAGAUGAACCGACUACGUGACCACGAUGCGAGUGCGAACCCGGAUUUGCAGGCUUCGCAUUUCCAACUCUACAGACGAGAGGAGCAUGACGCUUUUCCUGUUGAGAGUGCCGGGGUAGAGACAGGAGCCGGAAGUACUGCAACUCCUGCAAGCAGUAUCCUUGUGUCAGGACCUCGACCUCCUACUGCACGACCUUUGACGACUCCCGAUUCGACGGCACAAAAUAUAAAUAAGAAUCAGAGCGGAAUAUUAAAAGCUGCGAACGAAACAAGCCGUCCUGCAUUUUUGGAAGUAGUCGACAUUGCGUUGAACCUUGCGGACGUCAAGUGGGACGGGAUUUACCAGGACGGAAAACAGUUCCACGCCCCGGACCACGCCUACAUGCUGAAGCGGACCUUUGAACUCGGAAAAUGGUACAAGGACCACGAAGAUGCGGCGCAGGUAGACAUGCAGCUCGUCCCUUGUCGCAUGGCAAAGUGCAUGGUGUCCGGGGGCGGCCUGGAGUGGAUCCGGAAGGCCUUCUUUUUGAUGGAAAAAUUCGACCCGGGGCGGAAAUUCUUAUUCACCUGCAUCGGCGUGCACCCCACUAUGGUCAAGGAGUUUUUGUUUUUGCCCGAACGCUUCAACCCUGCAACCGCCAAAGUUGAGGUUCUCCCGCAAUACCGGAGCUGGAAGCCCCCGGUAUUGCGGGAGAACCUCCCAGCAGGAUCAGAGGAUCAUCCCGUCACAGAAGAAAGCGUUGUUGACAGCAGGACGUGGCGUGGUAACGACGACGGUGAGAACGUCGUAAUGGAGGACAUGGAGGUUGAAGACAACGCUGUCGACCAAAAGAAUGCCGUCUCAACAUUCGGUGGAGGCACUGCACACAAAGGCGCGACGUGGGGGAAAAAAGGCCCGGAACAAACGUCGGCAAAUUAUACGAAGUCCGCUGGUGGCGACUCACCGGGGGGCCGGUCAAAGGGGACUAGUGGCACAGCAACCUCAAAAACUACAAAAAUGUUGAAAAAUAGCCAGAGGCCCGUGGAGGUGACGGCUUACGGUCUGGCCGACUCGCGGCUGCACGAGUACUUCGCGGACCCGUCGUAUCAGAGCCAGCACUUGCACGCGCUGCGUCAGUUCUUUGCCGACGAGCAAUGCCGGAAGCGCAUUGUCGCCGUCGGCGAGAUCGGGUUGGACUACGAACGAACGCAGUUCUGCCCGCUGGAAAUCCAGCGGAGGUUUCUGGAGUUACAGCUGCCCCUGGCGGCCGAGUACGAUCUGCCGCUCUACAUCCACGUGCGUGGCGCCGGCUGCAUGGAAGAGUUUCUAGAGAUGCUGGACCGGGUUGUAUUGCGAAAGUUCUUCCCCGGCUUUCGAAAAAACCUCGCUUGCGAAGAGCUAGACGCGACGCUGGUUGGCUGGGGUUCUCCUCCUCGGGCCCAAAACAGAUCAGAAGUUCUGCAUGGGGAGGCGCUUCUUGGAAAAGACGAGGAUGCAGCUCCGAGUAAGUUUACGCCACGAGCACAAGGCCGCGUUUUCCGGUCUGGCGUUGUUCACAGCUUUACGGGCACCGUCGCCGACUUGGAGCUUCUUCUAUCGUACAACUUGUUUGUUUCCGUUAUGGAGUUGUUCUCAUCAAGCGUAACAUGGCCCGCUGUUGCAGGAAGACUUCGCCUUGGUUUGUCAUGCUAGCGACAUUGGGAUUGGUCCUGCAGAUGCAGAAUUUCAAUGUUUUUGAAAGACGCCGUAUUGUGUGACAAAUUACGGAACAAUCAAUCUGAAUCAUGUAACAGCAAGCAAUGUAACGCCUGAGCACGGCAUAUCCGUCAACGGUUGCUCCCUGCGAUCCAAGGCUGGUUGUUUGAUGAUCAAGAGCAUUCCGCUCGAUCGCCUUUUGUUGGAAACUGACGCGCCCUACUGCGCAAUCGAGGAGUCAAGCCCUGUCUGGAAAGACCUCAAGACAGCGAAUUGCUCCGCACUGUCGAUGAAUUGUGAAGUUGGCGUAGGAAAAGAUUGCACAAGUGGAACAAAGAGCCUCCACGACGGAGCGGUUCGCGCCGGACUCGCCUGGGGGCGAGUUGCCUCUGUGUCGAAAGUUGGGAGCACUGGGAGAAAUGACAGCAGGCAAGCCUCUUGUAAUAUGGACGAGAACAACUCAGCAGAUGUGGAUGUCUCUAUGCCCUAUUCGACUCCCGUUUUUCCUGAAGCUCUUGCCCAACAAACCGCGGCUCUGCCGGCUCUUCAGGCUCCCGGUGGAAGGAAUUAUAGCACGCAGCAUGUAGAAUUAGAAGCAAUGGCCAGUGCAAAUGGCAGUUGUGCCACGACUAACCUGAAUGGACAGGGAGCUUUCAACAUCCGGGGGAACAAGGGGCGGGGGAAAAAAGGAAAGAAGGGAAAGAGACGGCAGUUGACGCCCGUGGAACAGAUCCAAAGACGGAACGAGCCAAUCAACGUGCUUCAGGUUGCGGAGGCCGUGGCGCUUCUGCGAGGUGAACCGAUCGCUAAAGUGCUGCGUGCGGCGCGCGAAAACACACGAAGACUUCUGGGCAUAUAACAUAAACAUACAUUCUCGUGGCACUUUUUCGGCAGAACGUCAUGGGAAAAGCUGGACGAAUGGAUCCAACCGGACACCAUGUUGCGCAACAUCACUGAAGUAUCUGUGCAUCAAUAUCGAUGAAUUUGUGGUUCUGGUUCUGAUUGUUCUUGUUGAGCAGAGGUAGGGCCAAAGC